UCCCACGAGCGCGAGCAUAGCGCAUAUGUAGAGGGAACCAGCCUACACUAGCAAUCGAUCGAGCAGACAGCAUCAGCACGGUACUUGCCUUGCAACCGAAAAUGGGCACGUUAAUUUCACUCGGAUUGGCCCUAUUUCUAGCCUCAGUUUGUGCUGCACAGACAGGAUGUCAGCUUCCGCUCGGCAUGGAAUCAGGCGCCAUCCUGGACGGUCAGAUCUCGGCCACAACAUGGUUGAACAUCCUGCAGGGACCCCGGUACGCCAGACUGCACAAGAGGGAUGGGGGCGGGGGCUGGACGGCCUCCACCCAGGACCUAUCCCAGUAUCUGACUAUCGACCUGGGGAGCGUGGCCACGGUCACUGCAGUGGCCACCCAGGGUCGGUUUGGCACUAAUGACUACGUCACCGAGUACAAGCUCAUGUACAGCGCGGACGGGAGCAAGUGGACGACCUACAGUGACAACGACCUGGCAGAAAAGCUCUUCCCAGGCAACACUAACGGCAAUCUGGCCCACAAGAACGUCCUACCCAACAGCAUUGAAGCACGCUAUGUCCGUUUCAACCCGAUGCAGUUCAUCGGAGCUCUCUCCAUGCGCGUUGAAGUUUACGGCUGCCUCAAAGACACAGCCUAUUUUGAUGGCACGGCAUACAUCAAGUAUGACGUCAGUCAGCCCGUUGACCACAUCCAGUCCUUCGAGGAUCUCCUCCAGAUGCGAUUCCGGACGUCACGGCCGGACGGGCUCCUAGCGGCAGGGAUCGGGAGGCACUCGGACUACAUCUUCCUGCAGCUGCGAGGGGGGAAGGUCCACCUCAGCCUCAAUCUAGGAGAUUCCCUUGGCGAGCGGGACUCUGGUGCGUUGCUGCUGGAAGGUGGAAGCCUGUUGGACGACAACCAGUGGCACCUGGUGCAGUACAAACGCCAGCGGCAGAUGGUUGAGCUCGUGGUGGACGGAGUGGCCGUGGCCGCCAGAACAAAUGGCCACUUUGAGCGGCUGGACUUGGACAAAGAGAUGACGAUCGGGGGGACAUCGGUGGCACAGCACCGUGGCCUGUCCUCCAACCAGUUUUUCGUGGGCUGCCUGCAGGGCGUGCUCCUUAGCAACAGUGUGGACCCGUCCCGGCUGGGCACGGCCCUCGACUUCAUCAAGGGGGAGCGAGCGGGCGACUACACCACGCUGAGCCUGGUGGGGGACUUGGAGUACGACUGCCGGGGGGAGCCCAGCGUGCCCGCCACGUUCCCCACCGAAAGUUCCUACCUGCAGUGGCCAGGGCCGAGCCUAUCACAGAACUUUACGAUAUCGCUCAAAUUCCGGACAUUCAGUGCCAGUGGCCUGCUGGUCAACAACCAACUGGUGUCCAGCACGGGUGGCUACAUCACCGUGGGUCUUAACGACGGCACGCCGGUAGUCAUCCUUAAGACGGGCACAAGCAGAGGCAUAGAAAUACCCGGAGUGGGGUCAGACCUGAACGAUGGCAGAUGGCACAGUGUGCGGUUGGAGAUGGCCAACAACGUCAUCCGCUGGACAGUGGACAGGGAAACCAACCUUAUCCAGCGGACCUUCUCCAUAAACACCGAUGAGAAUUACUUUGUGGGCGGCACCACUGGAGACAGCUCCGAAAUGGGGGACCUGCCAGGUUUCCUGGGCUGCAUGGUGGACGUGGUGGUGGGCAAUUCCAGACUGGACUUUCGUUCCAUCCUGGACGGCAGCAUGCCCCAGGGAGCCAUGAGUGAAGGGGUAGACGUAGACACCUGCAGCCUGGAAGAUUGGUGUACCCCGAGCCCCUGUGCGAACGGCGGUGAGUGCAUGUCGGACUGGGACACAUUCACCUGCAAGUGCACCGACACAGGCUACACCGGUACCACUUGCUCAAUUCCCCAGCAUAGCAGUUCGUGCCAAUAUAGUGGGACUCAUAUGAUAGACCCUGACGGUAGCGGUCCGCUCCCGCCCGUGGAGGUCGAGUGUGAAAGUCAAGACUCGGAGUUAUACACCGUGAUACAACAUGACGCCGAGACUUCAGAAGGCAUCCCUCCGGGCAACACGGAACCAGGCUCCUACUCGCGUGACAUCACCUACCAAGCCAGUAGUGAUCAGAUCAGAGCUGUGGUCGAUAUGGCCGAGUACUGCGAGCAGUACAUCCAAUAUGUGUGCACCCGGGCCAAGCUGCUCAACUCGCCGAAUGGCGAGCCUUAUGGCUGGUGGGUCAACCGCGACAGCCAAAAAAUGAACUACUGGGGCGGAGCAGCCCCUGGGACUGGCAAGUGUGAGUGCGGCCUGUUUGAGACUUGCCAGGACCGGACCAAGUGGUGCAACUGUGACGCCGACACCGCCUCCAACCUAAUGGACGAGGGCCUGCUGAGGCACAAACAGUUCCUGCCCGUCAAGCAGCUGCGCUUCGGGGACGUCAAGGCCUCGGGCUCGUCGGCCAGUUACAGGCUGGGGCCCCUCCGAUGCCGAGGCAACGCCUACCGGGCCAACGUGGUGACAUUCCGCUCCCGCGAGGCCCACCUCCGCUUCCCCAUCCUCUCCCUAGACGCCAAGGCCCUGGUCUUCUCCUUUGAGUUCAAGACCACCCAGGACUCGGCCGUCCUGGCUGCCGCUGACGGCCAGGACGACACUUUUGUCAAGCUGGAGCUGGAGGACAUGCAGACGUUGGUAUUCAGUUUUGACUACGGAGCCGGUGGCAAUCAGGUCAAUGUGGGCUUGUCAUCGCCGAUCAACAACAAUGAAUGGCACCAUGUGAUGCUGACCCUUGACACCAAGGAGGCCACACUGACCGUGGACCAGGGACAGACGGAGAAAACCAAGUACAACAUGGGCAAGCUCAGGCUUCGUCUGACCGACGAUUUCUUCAUCGGUGCGUCUACCCUGCAGUCGGAGGGUUUCGUGGGCUGCAUGCGUAACCUCCAAAUCAACGGUCGCUUCAUCGACAUGGUCGCUGCCGGCAAGCUGGCCAGGCAGGUGGAGGCCGGCUGCUCGGGCAAAUGCGACGAGAACCCCUGCCUGAACGGAGGCAAGUGCAUCGAGACAUACGAUGAGAUCGAGUGCCAGUGUGACCUGACGGCGUUCGAGGGGCAGUACUGCUCCAAAGAAAUUGGAAGUCGCAUGGAGAGCGGGAGUCAGGUGACCUAUGACAUCCCCGCCAUAGAUGUCCAAGACUCAGAGGUGGACAUCAUUACGCUAGCCUUCACAACAGAGAUUGCCAGAGGGAGGCUGCUCAGAGUAGAGAAUAGCCUGUCUGGAACCUUUGAGGAGAUUGCCAUUCGAAAUCCAGAGGGUUACCUCACUUUCACCUGGAAGUUAGGGUCGGGAGCACCAAACACACUGACAAGCGAACACAAGUUUGCCGACGGAAGGCACCAUUACGUGAAGGUUGAACGUGAGGGUAACGAAGCAGUGUUCAAGGUGGACGGCUAUCAACCUUUGACGAAAGUGACUCCAGGGGUGGACACCACAUUCAAUGGAGCGAACAAAGUUUACGUGGGCAGCACAGAGGGCGCUGACACGUUUGAGGGUUGCAUCUCCCGGGUGAAGUUCAAUGACGUCUACCCGCUGAGGAAUUACUUCGCCACCCCCACCAACGUGACAGGAGAGGGCGACAUGCAGAAGUCGCGCUGCAACGUGCAGGAAGUCAUACCGGCGGUCGUCCAGAAGCCGAGUCCCAAGCCUCCUACCAAAGCUCCGGCCACAGGUGCUGGCACGCCCCUUCCACCGGCAGGGCAGCAGCUGACCGGUGGGGAUAAGGCUGCUAUUGCUUUCGUGGUCAUCGUCCUCCUGCUGGCGUUGAUCAUCCUGGUAAUGCUGAUCCUGCGCUACAAACACCAGCACAAGGGCAUGUACCACACCAACGAAGCCAAAGGGGCCGACAUGGCGGGCGACGCCGACACGGCCGUCAUGAUGACAGGAGCCAAGCAGGUCAAGCCGGAGAAGAAGAAAGAAUGGUACAUUUAACCUCAGCUUAGCUGUUUUUCUGUUUCCUGUUUGUUUGUUUGUUUUUUCUUUGUAAGUUGUUUUCCUGCAGUUGAUGAUUCAGUUUAUUAUCAAGACGCGUGUUGAGCAGGAUUGUCCUUUUUUUAAAAAUUCUUUCCCUGGAGACCACAGUUUUUGUAUGUAUUUGCCAUAGCCAGAAAUUGGAUCAGGUGUACAGUUCUUUCUAUUGGAGAUUUUCUUUUUUUUAAGGAUGGCCAUUUUCAUAGCAGAAUGUUCUGCGAAGUUUGUACUAAUAGUCUGAGAUGUCGGAGCAUGUUGAGAAGUUCGUUUGUAAGCUUCAAGAUGACAGUUGUUUAAAUGGAAAUCUUCCACAGUGAAGGGCAAAUACAAGUGUGUGCUUUUGUAAGGGAAGAGAAGAAGUCAGCUUAAGUAAGUGUUCUGCGUGUUCCUUUCCUAUGCACAUUGUCUGGACGCUGUGAAACUGGUCAACCUUCUCUAUUGUGUUUUUAUAAACCCGAUCAGUGGUCCAGCGUGGCCUUAUUUUUAUAUAUCAGGGUGGCGUUUUUUGCUGACAGUGUCUUUGUACAAAUUUGUGGCUUUGGUCAGCUUUGCCUUGGGCUUGUGCCAGUCAAAAGCAGUCCCUCGCUGUUGAGAACCGGUUGGAACCGGUUAUGACAGGAAACACUGGUUUUUCUGCUGGGUUUUGCCCAUUCUUGAGCCAGUCGGAACUGGUCAGAAAUGGCCUCACAGGGAAGCUGGUUCACUCCUGUGCAAACAGAGGGCUGUCCCAUGAGACAGUGCUGUCCGGAUAGAACCAGUUCUUGUCUCCUGCUGGCGUUAAUAUGGGUGAAAAUGUGAGUUUUUUAAGAGCUGUAACUUGCAGUUUGUGUGAAAUUAGUCAACAGCUGGCUUAGGUAUUUAACUGAGAAAAUUACUAAUAUUUGAAGUUGUAGACUGUCUUCAUGAGUGUCUGAAACAUUUUCUUUUGACAGCCCGCUCCAUGCCGGAGCGAUUUUACAACUAUCAAUGACAUUUGAGACGUUGAUCUCAAACUCUGUUUUCCUGUCAUCUGUGUUUUUUUAAUGGAAAGUUAGAAACCUGGAAAACAAAAUUUAUACCUUUUUUAAUGCUUUCUUCUUCUCUUUUUUAAGAGGAGGAGCUGUCAAAGGUUAAAACGACUUACUCAGUUCAUUUAAUUAAUGAUUAAUGAUUAUUCUGCACCGUGGGUGGCUUUUACAGUAGCCAAAUGUUGGAAUCUUAAUGUUCCAAACAAAUUUCCCCCUUUACUCUGAGCAUUUGUAAGCCUUUUUAAACUCCACGACCUUAUUUGAAACCUCCCAAACGUUUUGUAGAUUUCCUCAACAAGACUUCCUGUCUGGAGCUGCCAUGAUUCUUUCUUAAUUGACUUCCAAAGAGAUGAGAAAAUAACUAAAUUUUUAAAGUCGGGCCCAUUGGACUAUUUUAACAAAAGCAUAGGAUUUUUAUGGCUGACUUUAAGAUAAGGACAAGGGUUUUAGCUUUUUAAUAAAGUUUAUUCACUGUUUUUGAGGCUUGUUUUACUCUUCACAGCAUUAUUGUUCUCAUCUCAGAUGCUAUGCACAUUUCAACAGCGUGUUCAAAAUUGACCCCCUUUCCAGUUGUCAUAUUUAAGUCUAUAGAAAACAGGAGACUAUAUUUUAUGUAGUUUUGAUCUGUUUCUCCUUCACAAAGGCACGUGUAGUUGGAUGGUCCUGUACUUUGUGUUCAGACGGCCAGUGGUGUUUUGAGUAUUAAUGUAAUGCCCGUGUCAAGGCGGAUUCAUACUUGCACGAACGUGAACACAACCGCGAAAGUGUGGCGUCAGAAUCAAAUAUUUGUGCUGCGUAUUUUUAGAAACGUGACACAUUUCAACUCAAGCAAAUUUCGCUGUAGAUGUUUUGCGACGCCUAAUUAGUUUUUCUUUCGUGUUUGCCUUAUUUAACUAUGAAGUGGUCGUUGACACGUACCAUACAGUUCAGAGGAAAUGACAGUGUUCUGUAGUAACCUCACACUGUCCGGUUUAGCCACGAUGAAUAAGAGCACAGUUGCUCUGAUGUGGUCAUGUCAGGGUUCAUCAUAAAAGCUCUCGCUGCCUGUGGCGGGGUCAAGCUAUUUUUAGAAAUCAUAGUAGUCUGUUUAAUCUGCAUUGUAUGCUUUGUACAAUUUUUAAGCCUGGUCUUGAUGCAGUCUUUAACGUUUUUGUUAUUGAAAGGUGUCGGGUACCAGACUGCACCCUCGAGUUAGUUUACCAUUUUUCUAUAGUAUCCCACCUGUACAUAAAAGUCAAUGAACUUCACUUGAAGUAUCUUUUCUAUGUGACAUGUUUCCUGCAGCUUUUCAAUUGUGAAUGUCUGCUUUUGGCGGCAGGGAAUCUUGCUUGUUAAAGACCCCCCCUGUUACCAAAUCAGACAGGGCGUAUAUAUUUUUUGACUUUAUAACUUCACCCUUCUCACAAAGUGCAAUGUAGGUUGUUUUUUUCUGCUUGGUUUUCCAGUAAGCAUUCUUACAGUCAUUUACACAUGCGUGAAUAGUUCUUAGUCUUGGCAUACAGGAUACUCUACAUUUUUGAAGGGCAUAUGUUUCAAGGGAAUGGAUCUUGUCCAAUGAUAUUUGUACCUUGCCUCAUACAUAUUUAUGAUCUAGAUUGGCAUUGCCAUUGGUCAAGGCACCGCGGUGCAUGUCAUUGCGUAGUCACAGACAGUGUGCCACUUCUUGGCUUCGUUGUGUAUGACGUGGGAAUAAUUACCGCACGAAAUCCUAGCUGCUGCACCUCAUUUCUGCUUUGUUGGUCGGGGGAGAAUUGCAAAGGAGUUUUGAGUGUUCAUGAGGUUAAGAGCAACAGAAGCCGAGUUCAAUUAGUUCCCCUUGCUGGAAGCUGGGAACUUCAUGGAACGGUUAUUCAAAAUGGUUUACCGCUUUUGUGGCAUUUUGUGUUUGUAUGUUGAAGUUACUGUUACCAGUGGUUGCUUUGUACAGAUCAAAGCUUCAGUAUGGGAAUAUUGCAGUAAAAAAACUCUUCCAUGAAGCUUGAGCAAGUGUUUGGAAAUGGAGAGUUUGUUGUCCGUUUUCAAAAGUGGCCUAGUAUCAAUACGGUUUGCACAGUGUUGCAUCGUGCAUGCUUGGAUGUUAAUGACCUCGUGCCAAUUGUGAAAUCCUGGGUGGAUUUCCACUUUGGAGUUCAAUUUGCAAAUUGAAGAUUCAAGAUGUCAGGACUCAGGUCGUAGUAUGGAGUAAAUAGUCUUUCAGUUGGGCAGAAGGUGAUUUGUGUCCAUCUCAUCUAGAUGGGUCAGUUUCUUAACAGCACUGGAGCAUUGUUGGUGGGGGGAAAAAUGAGUAGACAUCCUUGAGGACAAGUUUUUUUUACUGGUAAAUGUGGCAUUGUAAUUUGCAUGUAUUAUAAAUGCUAAAAUUACAUUUAUCAUGUUGCACCUUCAGGGUUUUUUUGGUUCAAUUUUAUUACGAGGGAUAAACAAUGGCUCAGAAAAUCCCUUCUUGCUAACAUUCCUUUGUGGCCAAAAAAGUACUCCUUAGAUAAGCUUCUAGCUGUAUAUUAGCAAUUAAAAAAAAAUUCAUCCUGAUGGCAGCAUUUGAUUGAAGAAAAUUUAUCUUGUAAAAUUAUUCCGAUAGCCUAAAAAGUCAAGGUACUACUUUGUCCUAAGUACUAAAUGAUUUUCAUCUAUUCUUUUUAACUUGACCGGUUUGAUGUUUCAUGUAUUCAAAACUGCCAUUUUUGUGUAUAUGAGUGUUUAGCCAAGUUGUGGGACUACCGUAGACUUGAGCAGGUUUUUUUGUUUAGUUUUUAACAAUGGUAGUUCUGUCCUUUACGCUGAGUUUUGUGAAUUUAAUCUAUUUAUUGUUCAUUCAGUAUUUAGGUACUACUGUGGUGAAGGGAUCUUUGUAGAUAUUUCUUGUCAUUUGGUACUUUUUUGAACUACCGUUUCUGUAUAUUUCACUAAUAAAAGAAUGUCAUUUUGUUUAAAAAA